CCUGGCCUGGCACUCUGCAUCCAGACAAGCCCAGCCUCAAAGGCUGGUGAUAAGAGCCUGCGGGAGAGGCUCCAGCAGGAAGCACCCUCAGGAAAUUGGGAAGCCUGGGCCUGGGCUCCCAACCCAGGGUUGCUGGACUAGGAUGGGGGAUGGGCCCGUGACAGGAGGUGUCCUGGGUGUCCUCUUUCGGCCCCAUGGAGUCCUCAUCUAUCCCUCAGUCAUCAGGGAACUCUUCCACUUUGGGGAGGGUCCCUCAGACCCCAGACCCUUCUACUGCCAGUGGGGUCCCGGAGGUGGGGCUGCGGGACAUAGCUUCGGAGUCCGUGGCUCUCUUCUUCAUGCUCCUGCUGGACUUGACUGCUGUGGCUGGCAACGCCGCUGUGAUGGCCGUAAUCGCCAAGACGCCCGCCCUCCGCAAAUUCGUCUUCGUCUUCCACCUUUGCCUGGUGGACCUGCUGGCCGCCCUGACCCUCAUGCCGCUAGCCAUGCUCUCCAGCUCCGCCCUCUUUGACCACGCCCUCUUCGGGGAGGUGGCCUGCCGCCUCUACUUGUUCCUGAGCGUAUGCUUUGUCAGCCUGGCCAUCCUCUCCGUGUCGGCCAUCAAUGUGGAGCGCUACUAUUACGUGGUCCACCCCAUGCGCUACGAGGUGCGCAUGACGCUGGGGCUGGUGGCCUCUGUACUGGUGGGCGUGUGGGUGAAGGCCUUGGCCAUGGCUUCUGUGCCAGUGUUGGGAAGGGUCUCCUGGGAGGAAGGAGCUCCCAGCGUCCCUCCUGGCUGUUCACUCCAAUGGAGCCAUAGUGCCUACUGCCAGCUUUUCGUGGUGGUCUUUGCUGUCCUUUACUUCUUGUUGCCCCUGCUCCUCAUCCUUGUGGUCUACUGUAGCAUGUUUCGAGUGGCUCGUGUGGCUGCCAUGCAGCACGGACCACUGCCUACGUGGAUGGAGACACCCCGGCAACGCUCUGAGUCUCUCAGCAGCCGCUCCACGAUGGUCACCAGCUCAGGAGCCCCCCAGACAACCCCCCACCGGACGUUUGGGGGUGGGAAGGCGGCCGUGGUCCUCCUGGCUGUGGGGGGACAGUUCCUGCUCUGUUGGUUGCCCUAUUUCUCUUUCCACCUCUACGUUGCCCUGAGUGCUCAGCCCAUUUCCACCGGACAGGUGGAGAACGUGGUGACCUGGAUCGGCUACUUUUGCUUCACUUCUAACCCUUUCUUCUAUGGAUGUCUCAACCGGCAGAUUCGGGGGGAGCUCAGCAAGCAGUUUGUCUGCUUCUUCAAGCCAGCUCCAGAGGAGGAGCUGAGGCUGCCUAGUCGGGAGGGCUCCAUUGAAGAGAACUUCCUGCAGUUCCUUCAGGGAACUGGCUGUCCUGCCGAGUCCUGGGUUUCCAGGCCCCUUCCCAGCCCCAAGCAGGAGCCACCUGCUGUUGACUUUCGAAUUCCAGGCCAGAUAGCCGAGGAGACCUCUGAGUUUCUGGAGCAGCAACUCACCAGCGACAUUAUCAUGUCGGACAGCUACCUCCGUCCUGCCCCCUCACCCCGGCUGGAGUCAUGACCAGCUGCUGGACACGUGGAGGGAGAGGGGGCUGGGGGCCAGUUAUGACUACAAGGACCACCUCAUGGGAUCACCUUUCCCAGCUGGCUGGAGCUGGGGCUGGGGUCUCCGCUCACAGCUUUUGCUGAGUGUUUCCUGGGUCAGGGACAGAGCCAACAGGAUGGACAUUGGGCAAAAGCCUUGGACUUGGCUGUGAUCCUUGACUACUGGGGGAGGGAACCUGGGUAUGGUGAGACGGUGAUGAGAGGAAAGGGUCACAAAGGACUGGCCUCCCUGAUCUCUCUCCUCAUGGAAGUGACUCACCUCCAGCCCCCUGGACAAUCGGGUACAAGAGACCAAGGUUGGGCAUGGGAAGGGUGAGGUUUCCAUGGUCCAGUAAAUGCUUCCUUACUCCCAUUCAUCGCUCUCAAAAUUAGCUUCAGUGACAAAGACUAAAACCUCUCUCCUAUCUGCAGCCCUGGGUGGGAGAGAAGGCACAGGAGUCAGGCUCAGCCCUUCACUGACUGGGAUCGUAGGAAAUGUGUUGGUUAGCACUGGUGGUGGUAUUUUCAAUGGGGAGGGACUAACUGCAAACUGGACAGGCACCUAUCUGGGACCACCUGUCUAUCCUUCUUCCCUCGAAAUCGACUUAGCUAACACUAAUGGGGCAAGGUAGGGCCAGAGGGCGUGUGGUCUAUGUUUAAACAAAGAGCAUCA